GAAGAAAGAACUCGGGUGGAUGAUUUACGUGGUUCUCCAAUGGGUGCUAUGUCUGUUGUCGGUGUACUUCAAGAUGAUACUGACCUAAUGGUUAGUGUUAUGAAACUUUACAGAAUCACAUGCAGAUAUUGGUGUUUUAGAAUAACAAAUUCAAGGAAUCAAGGAUCCGUAGAAUUAUUCCUAACACAUCCAGAACUUUAUGAAGUCGUUAUCCUAUAUGGGGUCCUGGGAACAGGUAAAACACUUUUGGCUAAAGGCGUGGCGAAUCAAGCAUCUGCAACUUUUCUGUGCGUUAUGGGUUCAGAAUUGAUCCAAAAAUGGUCCAAAACUUGUGGUGAAAGGGAAAUUCAAAGAACUAUGCUAGAACUUUUGAAUCAGUUAGACGGUUUGAUUCUAGAGGAGAUGACAAGAUUAACCAGCUUGUCAUCAUGGCGACAAAUCAGAAUGACAUUAUCAGAUGAUGUGGAACUUGAGGAAUUUAUAAUGUCUAAAGAUGAUUUGAGUGGUACUGACAUUAAG